AUGGGUUUUAGAAUACAAAAUUUUAUAGGUGAUCCUUUUGCUAUAUCAACAGUAUCAUUUGGAUUAAUUUCAUGGAUUAUAUCAUUAGGAGGAGCAGCAGCAUCAGAUCAAUCAAGAUUUCCACAUUUUACUUGGUGGGGUAUAGCUUAUCAAAUUGUUAUUAUAUUAGUUAUAUUUAUACUUUAUUCAAAUAAUAAUAUUGAAUUAUAUAAAUUUACAUUAGUUGGAUUAGUUAGUGUUGCAUUUAUUUAUACAACAAAUUCAACAAAUAAUUUAAUUUAUAAUUCUUUUUCUUCUGGAAAUUUAUGUUGUGCAGCAGGUUGUAUAUUAUUAAGUAUAUUAAAUUUAAUUUGGAUUUUAUAUUUUGGUGGACAUCCUGAAUCUCCAACAAAUCAAUUUAUUGAUAGUUUUAGUUACAAAAAUAAUCAUCAUCAUGAACAAUUAGGUAAUAAUAUAAAUAAUAAUAAUUCAUCAAGUAAUAUUAUAAAACAUGAAUCAUAUAUUGAUGAAACAACAAGUCAAGAUAGAAGAUAUAUUUCACCAAUGAAUUUACCACAACAAGAUCAAAUGAGACAUUUAUCUGGACCAGCUACUACUGCUUCUACAACAAAUAAUAAUAGACAAUCGGUAAGAGGUUCAACCACAAAUUCAACAAAUAUUGCAAAUGCAUAUAUACAAUCACAACAAUUAAGUGGAGUAGAUAACAAUAAAGAUAACACUCUCAACAACACUAACAAUACUAAUAAUACAACAAGAGAUUUAACAUCAAAUAAAAGAACAACAAUGUAUACAGAUUCAGAAACUAAUACAGGUAUUACUUUCAGAUAUAAAGCAAAAGCAUUAUAUAGUUAUGAUGCAAAUCCAGAAGAUUUAAAUGAAAUUAGUUUUGUUAAAGAUGAAAUUUUAGAAGUUGAUGAUAUUGAUGGUAAAUGGUGGCAAGCAAGAAGAUCAAAUGGUCAAGUUGGUAUAUGUCCUUCUAAUUAUGUUAAAUUAAUUGAAUCUUAA